CUUAACUAGGCCGUGGAGACAUCCGAGUUUGACCUCUGCUAACCCUGUCGACCUCUUUCUGUUCAUUGGCUCAGACGAUUCGGGGUUUAUUUCCCGGAGUAAUCCGGCCGUACGAACGAGAAUGCCGUAUACCAUCGGGAAUGCUGGAGUCCUGUCCAUGGUUGUUCAUGGCCCCCCUGUCUAGCAGUAGGGGUAUGUUAGUAGUAAUGCUCAAACUACAGAGCCAAUAAGUAUAUAUCUUUCCCUCCCUCCCUUUUCACAGAGCCAACGCCCCAUGCAAACACCUCAUAUUCAUUACCCUGUCAACAGAACCGACAAAAAGCAUCAUGCGCCUCCUCAAUUUUGCCCCAUUUCUGUGUCUGCUUGGGUCCACCCAGGCCCUAUCAUUAGGCCAACGCUGUCUAGAAGCACUCAAUACCAUGAGCACCGUUCCCGGCCAAUACAUCGCAACCAUCGAGCGGGAAACAUGCAGUUGGGGUUGCAAACCUCGGCCAGAAGAAUGGGAUACGGCGUUCGAAGGGGUCAUCCAAAAGGUUGUCGAAGAUGGGGCGCGAUACACUGGCAUUGACGACCCCAAGGCGCAGGAUGCUUUCGCAAGCUACCUGAACGACGUCUUCCAAGAUAUCAACAGCAAAUGUGGUGAUCGCCUCGGCGAUGACAAUCUGUGCAGCGAUUCUCCCCAAACGGCGGCGCUGAAGCAAUGCGUCGAUGAUAACGCCAAGUGGGCGGCAACAACAGCUGCCUUGCGGCUUGUGGGCUAUUUGUCCGAGGACAGGUGCGAGAAGGUAUCGGACUACUUCAAGAGUGAGCAGCUGUGGAACAAGGAUUUGCCGAACAGGUCUCAGGUCUAUGUUCAGAACUGUUAG